CAUAAAACCAACGCCACGGCUUUAUAAAAGCUAAAGACAAUAGAAAAUCCCAAAACCCAGCCAAGAAACCGCUCUUCCGCCGCCGUCUGAGUAACAUUAGCACCGCCGUCGGACGUUUCCCGGCCGGCAUUCCUUACAUCGCUGAUCUUCUUCCACUCUUCACACAUUUCCCGCCGGGCAAGCCUCGAGAACUAACCCUUUUUUCUUUAUUUUCUCUCCCAUUUGCUACAUUAGUUUUUUUCCCCCCUGUUAUUUUUUGGCUUCUUGCGUGCACUUAACUGUAAUUUCAGCCUCACGCUCCGAUUAUUUAAUUAUUUGUUUGAACUUGCUGCGUAUUGGUUUCGGUUUCCUCCUCCUUCCUGAGUUUUUUUUCUUCUACUGGCUUCUCUUUUUUUUUUCUCAACCAACAAUCUUUGGCUGAAACCGGCGAGAGCGAGGGUUUUUAUUGGGAGCUCUGAAUUUUUUUCUCUCCGUCGCGCCAUUUUUCCGGUAAAUUACCCAGUUAGGCGCCUGUUUCUGUUUGUUUCCUGGGAAAAAAAGUUUGGGAUUCCCUCCCUUUUACGUAAGAGAGGGUUCCCAGUUUUUAUCUCAGUCUGUAGUUGAUGAGACUUGAGACGCCGUGAAAAGUUCCCUCCCUUCGUUUUUGGUUUUGUUGUUUGGAAAAUGGUGAUAAUGGGCUACGUAGAUUGCUGUACUUGACUGAGCUGAAAUUUUGGCAUGCAGAGUUGUGUGAUUAGUAUAUGAUGUUUCUAUGAUCAUUGCAAAAAGUGGGGUUUUGUGUUUUUGGGCUUCUAAUUGAAUGCACGUUAAUGGUUUGAUUGGUGGGCGACCAACUAUUUGCUGUAGAGCUACGAGAGUUGGACUCAUUUUCCAGCAAUUUUUGAGCUUUUUGUUGGUUUUGGUUGAAUCCCAAAUGUGAUUGAUUGACUGGUUGUUUAUGCAGAGGCUGGAGCCGGAUAAGAAGAAGAUAAUCUAUGGAGGGAGACGCAGGAAGAGAUUUGGGAUGCCAGAAGAUUAUGGAUGGGAAGGAGAGUAAUGGACACAAUGGUUCACAGAAACCCAUUACUACUGUUCCUGCUUGCUGUCUAAAGGCCAGGGCUUCUUCAGCAGCUGCUGAGCUUGAUGCGAAAUGCCACUCUACUGUUGUUUCUGGGUGGUUCUCAGAAUCUCAAUCCUGCUCUGGCAAAGAUGGGAGAAAGGUUGUUUACUUUAACAACCCUAUGUGGCCUGGAGAAGCACACUCACUGGAAGUGGAGGAAAUUCUCUAUGAGGGGAAGUCAGACUACCAGGAGGUUUUGGUCUUUCAGUCAUCAUCCUAUGGAAAAGUUCUUGUACUCGAUGGCAUCGUUCAGUUGACCGAGAAAGACGAAUGUGCAUACCAGGAAAUGAUAGCUCAUCUCCCACUCUGCUCAAUUCCAUCCCCAAAAGCUGUCCUUGUAGUUGGCGGUGGCGAUGGAGGUGUCCUCAGGGAAAUCUCUCGCCACACAUCAGUGGAGACCAUCGACAUAUGUGAAAUAGAUAAGAUGGUCAUAGAUGUAAGUAAGAAGUUCUUCCCUCAAUUAUCCAUUGGAUUUGAGGACCCUCGUGUUCACCUCCACGUCGGUGAUGCUGUGGAGUUCCUCCAGCGUACUGCUAAAGGGAAGUAUGAUGCAAUAAUUGUUGAUUCUUCGGACCCUGUAGGCCCUGCCCAAGAGCUCGUCGAGAAGCCAUUCUUCGAGACCAUAGCGAGAGCGCUGAGGCCCGGUGGAGUCCUCUGCAACAUGGCCGAGAGCAUGUGGCUCCAUACGCAUCUCAUCGAGGACAUGAUCUCCAUCUGUCGUGAGACUUUCAAGGGCUCUGUUCACUACGCCUGGGCCAGUGUGCCAACGUACCCGAGUGGGGUGAUUGGAUUCUUGUUGUGCUCCACGGAGGGCCCUGCUGUGGAUUUCUUGAACCCUGUUAACCCAAUUGAGGAGGUGGAAGGAGUAUGGAAAGACAAGAGGGAACUUAGAUUCUAUAACUCCGAGAUGCACAGAGCUGCCUUUGCACUGCCCAACUUCUUGAAAAGGGAGGUGAGCCUGCUUCGAGGCGCCCCAGCUCCUUUCCUAGUCCGAGGGCAGCGAAUGUGAUGCCACCUGCCGUCGUGUCGUGUCUUGUCGUGCUCGUUUCAGUCCCACGGUGUUCUUAUUAGUAUUUGACGAGUGUAAUAAUGACUCUACUCUCAUGGCGUAUACCCCUAUUUACACUGAUGAUUGAUUGUAAUAUUUUGGAUUGUCUUUAAUUUUUUCCAGUAUUGUGGAUUUGAUUUUCCUUGUCGAAAUUGGAAAAUGUCAUUAAGUUAUCACACUGUUGUUUUGUACGAUUUUAAGGACCUUUCGAAACUCCCCUAUACUUAAUGGGUUAGAAGUACAAAGAAACUUGAAAGAAAUGAAGUCUCUUGGCAAUUUUAGGAAAGAAAAGAGUGUAUGUACUCUUUAGGAGAAAGUGAACAUGUUUGCUUACCAGAGCAUUACAAGCAAAUCAUAAGAAACCAUCCGAUCAUGAAGAACAUCAACCUUUGGUGUAGCAAGGCAUGGCAACGGAGUACUACUGGCCACUUACCAGAAACUGCAAGUCUCUGACAUUCUUAAGAUGACGAUGCUGAAGACUUGGUGAGUCGAUUACAAUGGGACAAAACUGAUCACCGCGAUGGCGAGAAACCUUCAAGUUCUUCAAACACGGCGAGGAAGCAAUGAAUCUGUCUUUCAUCAGGCAGUAGCUGAGAGUGAAGAAACUUAGUUGACGAGGAAGAAGCUUUCAAUUAAUCUUAUAAUUUAUA